GGCCACCAGCACUCCGCUCGACUCGUCUGGACUACCCGGGCUAACUUUAGCUACAUGUGCUGAGGUCGAGGGGGAAACGGAUCCCAACCGCAACGAUGCCGACAGUCACUCUGCCGCCGAAAGAGAACGCUCUCUUCAAGAGGAUUCUGCGAUGUUACGAACACAAACAGUACCGAAACGGGCUCAAGUUCUGCAAACAAAUCCUGUCCAACCCCAAGUUCGCAGAGCAUGGCGAGACCCUGGCGAUGAAGGGCUUGACCCUUAACUGUCUGGGGAAGAAGGAGGAGGCCUACGACCUGGUGAGAAGAGGACUGCGUAACGACCUCCGGAGCCACGUCUGCUGGCACGUUUACGGCCUACUGCAGCGCUCGGAUAAGAAGUACGAUGAGGCCAUCAAGUGUUACCGCAACGCUCUGAAGUGGGACAAGGACAACCUGCAGAUCCUGCGAGACCUGUCCCUGCUUCAGAUCCAGAUGCGAGACCUGGAGGGCUACAGGGAGACACGGUACCAGCUGUUGCAGCUGCGUCCAGCCCAGCGAGCUUCCUGGAUUGGCUAUGCCAUCGCCUAUCACCUCCUGGAAGACUACGAGAUGGCUGCAAAGAUUAUUGAGGAGUUCAGGAAAACACAACAGACGUCUCCAGACAAAGUGGACUACGAGUACAGCGAGCUGCUGCUGUACCAGAACCAGGUGCUGAGGGAAGCUGGUCUGUACAAAGAGGCACUCGAGCAUCUGUCCAGCUAUGAGAAGCAGAUCUGCGACAAACUGGCAGUGGAGGAGACACGAGGUGAGGUGCUGUUGAAGUUGGGGCGUCUGGAAGAAGCAACAGAAGUUUACCGUCGACUGCAGGAGAGGAACCCAGAAAACUGGUCCUAUUACCGAGGCCUGGAGAAUGGUUUGAAACCAGGCAGCGUAGAGGAGAGACAAAAGAUCUAUGAGGAUGCCUGGGAGAAGUUUCCGAAAGGACUGGUUCCUCGCCGACUGCCCCUUAACUUCCUUGCUGGAGAGAAGUUCAGAGAGUGUCUGGACAGGUAUCUGAGGAUGAACUUCAGCAAAGGCUGUCCGCCCGUCUUCACCACGCUCAAAUCACUGUACAACAACAAAGAAAAGGUGUCAAUAAUAGAGGAGUUGGUUGUCAGCUUUGAAACCACAUUGAAAAGCUGUAGAAUGUUCAGUGUGAACGAUGAUGGAAAGGAGGAGCCGCCAACCACUUUGCUCUGGGUGCAGUACUUCCUUGCACAGCACUAUGACAUGAUUGGUCAGCAGACACUGUCUUUAGAAUACAUCAACGCAGCCAUCGAGAGCACACCGACGCUCAUCGAACUCUUCCUUAUCAAAGCCAAGAUUUACAAGCAUGCUGGCAACAUUAAGGAGGCAGCUCAGUGGAUGGAUGAGGCCCAGGCUCUGGACACCGCUGACAGAUUCAUCAACUCCAAGUGUGCCAAGUACAUGCUGAAAGCAGGCAUGAUCAAAGAGGCUGAGGAAAUGUGUUCCAAGUUCACACGGGAGGGAGCAUCAGCGGUGGAGAAUCUGAAUGAGAUGCAGUGUAUGUGGUUCCAGACGGAGUGUGCACUCGCCUACAAGGGUAUGAACAAGUUUGGGGAUGCUCUGAAGAAGUGCCACGAGAUCGAAAGGCAUUUUGUGGAGAUCACAGACGACCAGUUUGAUUUCCACACCUACUGCAUGAGGAAGAUGACGCUCCGCUCCUACGUGGACUUGCUGAAGCUAGAGGACGUGCUCCGGAUGCAUCCCUUCUACUACAAGGCAGCCAUCACUGCCAUCCAGAUCUACCUGAGCCUCCACGACAACCCCCUGACUGACGACAGCAAGGAGCUGCAGGCCGACACUGCGAACCUUACGGACAAAGAGCAGAAGAAGCUCCGGAACAAGCAGCGGCGAGCCGAGAAGAAGGCCCAGCUGGAGGAGGAGAAGAAGAAUGCAGAGAAGGAGAAGCAGCUAAAGAACCAGAAGAAGAAGAAGGAGGAUGAUGACGAGGAGAUCGGAGGGCCCAAAGAGGAGCUCGUUCCUGACAAACUGGUCAAGGUAGAAAACCCACUGGAAGAGGCAGUUAAGUUCCUGAUGCCUCUCAAACACCUGGUGAAAGACAAAAUUGACACACACCUGCUGGCCUUUGAGAUCUACUUCAGGAAAGAAAAAUACCUGUUGAUGCUCCAGUCUGUGAAAAGAGCGGUGGCAAUUGACCCUGAUCACCCAUGGCUACACCAGUGUUUAGUACGCUUCUUCAAAGGAGUCUCUGAGAGUAAGGAGCUGCCAGAGGGAGUGAGGACGGUGCUGAAGCAGGAGAUCACCCGGCUGUUUGGAGACAGCAACGCUAAGAGCUUCAACCAGGCCUACCUCACCAAGCACUCCAACUCCAUACCCCACCGACUGGCUGCUGCUAAGAUGAUGGUGUAUCUGGACUCGGCGACAGAGAUGAAGGCAGCAGAGUUGGCCACUGCACUAGAUGAGUCACUGAACAACAGAACCAUACAGAUCUGUACAGAAGCGCUGGAGUGUCUUCGGACCGGCAUCCUAGGCGACUGUAAAGAGCGUGAGGAAGAGUACCGUGCCGAGUGUCACAAGCUUUACCCCUACACGUUAGCUUUCAUGCCCCCUGGAUACGAGGAGAACACCAAGAUCACCAACGGAGAUGUUUCCAUGGAAACAGAGGAGAUAGCCAACGAGAUGUGAGCCCAACAGAACAACAGCGGUUGAAUAAAGGAAAUGGGCCGAGCACAGAGCCUUGUGGUCGACUGGCAGCCAUUUUGUAAA